ACCCUCGAGCAAUAAUACUCUGAGCUAGGAAAUAGAACCUGAGAUCAAAGCCCUGCCUCCCGCCCACAAUGAAGUCCCUUCCCAUAAGCCUUCUCAUUUUGGCUUUGGCGACUGCAACUGCCUUUGCUUAUGACCCAAGUCCUCUUCAGGACAUAUGCGUGGCCAUCGACGACCCGAAGUCUGCAGUGUUUGUGAACGGGGAGUUUUGCAAGGACCCUAAGCAAGCCACUGCAGAUGACUUUGUCUUUAUGAAGUUCAGAAACCCUGGGAAUACUGCAAACCCACUUGGAUCAAAAGUCACACCUGCUACAGUCCUCGAGUUUCCAGGACUCAAUACUUUGGGCAUAUCCAUGGCUCGCAUUGACUUCGCUCCCGGCGGUCUAAACCCUCCCCACACUCACCCCCGUGGCACUGAGGUUCUGGUCGUCAUCGAGGGCACACUCCUUGUCGGCUUCGUCACAUCCAACCAAUUGAACAAUACUCUUUUUACCAAAGUCUUGUACCAAGGCGACGUGUUUGUUUUCCCAAUUGGACUCAUUCACUUCCAGUUGAAUACUGGAAAGACCCCUGCACUGGCCUUUGCUGGUUUGAGCAGCCAAAACCCAGGAGUCAUUACCAUAGCGAACUCCAUCUUCGGAGCGAAGCCACCCAUUUCUGCUGAUGUUCUCACCAAGGCCUUCCAAGUGGACAAGAAAGUUGUCGACGACCUCCAGGCAAAGUUUUGGUACGACAACAACUAAAUGGAGCAGAUGACCAGAAAAAUGCCCACAGAGCAUGUGAGCCAUAUAGCGUAUGAGAUCAUUGCUACUCUCCAUGAGAGAUUGCCAAGGAUAAAUCAAUAAUUUAUCUCAAUGUUUAUACGGAAUUUAUAUAACUUUUGUAUGAAUCAUUGAGCAAUAAAGAUCAUUUACUAUGAAA